AUGGUGGAUCCGAUGCCUCGCAGUGUGAAAUCGGUAAAAAGUCGUCUUGAUACUAUAAAACAGAGUGAAGAAACCAUAAAGCAGAAUGUGUCCAAAGUCCAUUCGCAUUUUCUGGUACCAUCAGAUAAAUUGGACAAAGUGACGCGACGAGUUAUCGCGCCAUAUGCGCAGAUUGAAAGAAAGGAUGUGAAAGAGGAACCGAAACGAGGAACCUAUUUGGAUAUAAAUAGGUUUACCGUUUUCCUAGAAGAUACUGUUGAUUUGGACUCGCUGUUGUAUGAAACGGCCAAUGUUUUGAAGGCUAUUACGAAUAGUUCCGGUGUUUUUGUGUACAUCGUAGACAAGAUCAAGAAUGAAAUUGUCCUCAUGACUCAAAACACGAAGAAUCCUGAACGACACGAAGUAAAUAUACCAAUUGAGGAGGGUAAAAUGGCAUCAGCCCAUGUGGCCUUUACCAAAGAAUACCUAGUGAUUGAGGAUGUUCAGCGCGACAGGCGCUUCGCUGAGGGCCUCAAAUGGAUAGACGCGAAGGUCGCACUCUGCAUGCCCGUGAUAAAACCAGAUGGCGAUUGCUAUGCGGUACUGGAGUUGUAUAGGACAACCAGUGAGCCGUAUGAUCAUAACGUGAUUUACACAGUUGUGAGUGUAGCUUGCUGGGCCGGUGCGGCGGUGCACCAAGCGCAGGUUAGGAUCACGCUGCAACGUACUGCGCACCUGAAUAACGAACUUCGCGCCCUGCUGCAGAACUAUUUCUGCGAUCUGGCCUCUAUUGAUACUAUGCUGACGGAUAUGCUUGCUGUAAUAAAAUCGUUUAUUGGUGCGAUGAGGAGCAGUUUCUACAUAAUAGAUAGGGAUCAUAUCGGUGAACACCUGCAAGCUGAUAUGUGGGACGAUGGAUGGAGUUCUGAAAAAUCCACUAUGCCGAGAAAGAAAGUAAAAGUGAAUCUUACUCAAGAGCAAACGCCAGCUGGCCUGGUAGCGCGUACUGGGCAACCCCUCAAUGUACGCGAUGCGUAUCGCGACCCGAGGUUUACCAAAGAAAUCGACCCUACCACUGGGACCGUCGUUAGAUCCUGUCUUGUAUCACCCAUUAUGGAUAAGGAGAAAGUUAUUGGCGUUGUGCAACUUACGAACAAAACGAACGCACACCCGUUCAAUGCUGAUGAUCAGCAGAUAUUCGAUGUGUUUGUCAAUUAUUGCUCCCUUAUUGUACACUUUUAUAAUAUGCAGAUAAGGAAAAUUUAUCACGAGAAUCUGAACGAAGUGUACUCAAAUUUAAUGAGCAUACAUCUGCUACCAUGUAGACAUGACUUGGAAGAGCUGAUGGAAACUAAUGGAGUUGUUCUCCCUCCAAACAAUUUCAGAAGCUUCGACUACUACAUCAGCGACGGCUCCAAAGAGGACAUGGCUGGUCUGGUCUGCUACAUGUUUGUCGAAACGUUCGCCGAUCGAAACUUCGAGAGGCACCAGCUGGCGGACUUCGCGUUAACCGUACUGCAGUGCUACCGACACAAUCCGUAUCAUAAUGCGGAGCAUGCGUUCCUCUUCACGCAUACUAUGUUCUUGAUACUCGUUAAUAACACCGGCUAUUUCGACUUUGUUGAGACGGCGGCGCUGAUGCUGGCCGGGCUGUGCCACGACCUCGACCACCCGGGGCUCAACAACAACUUCCUGCAGCUGGCGCGGCACCCGCUCGCGCGCAUGUACCGCACCUCCACGCUGGAGCACCACCACUUCUUCCUCGCCAAGAAGAUCAUUGAGGAUAAAAAUCUUCUGGCGAAGCUGUCAAUAAAGGACCGGUCACGAAUUAUGACUGAAUUGAAAUACAACAUUUUAUGCACCGAUUUGGCAAUUUACUUCCAACUGCGCGCGCAACUAACGCCGUUAUUAGCCGAAAGAGCUUUCGAUUGGACCAAUAACACUCAUAGACGAAUGUUGAAGGGUAUAUUAAUGACAACUAGCGAUUUGUCUGCAUCAUGCAAACCAUUUGGCGUGGCGAAGACGAUCGCUGAGGCGGUAUAUUCUGAAUUUUAUAGUCAGGGUGACAAAGAACGCGCCAUGGGGUACAACCCGCUGAGCAUGAUGGACCGGCGCCGCAGCGGCAACCAGCCGGCGGAGCAGAUUCAGUUCCUGUCCGUGGUGGUGAUACCGUGCCUCAUGAUGUUGCAGAACGUGUUCCCUAACACCAGCCCUUUGCUGGAGAACUGCAGAAAAACGCAAGAGGCGUGGCAUGAAGAAAUCGAAAUACGCGGCCAAAAACUUUGGCGCCAAGAAGACUCGGUGCCUAAACCAGGCCGAGGACAUUUCCACAUAAAGACCGAGAGUAGCAGUAACUAGUUGCUUCUUUACACUAUU